CUGCUCGACCAUUACAACAACCCCCGCAAUGUUGGAUCAAUGUUGAAGACUGAUACCGAUGUCGGAACGGCACUCGUUGGCGCACCGGCGUGCGGAGACGUGAUAAAGCUUCAGAUCCGAGUGGACCCCAACGAUAACACCAUCAGCGAUGUCAAGUUCAAGGCCUUUGGAUGUGGUUCGGCAAUUGCAAGUUCAAGUUACUUGACAGAGUUGGUGCGUGGGAUGAAGCUUGAGGAUGCGGCCAAGAUUCGGGAUGCCGAAAUUGCGAAGGAAUUGUGCUUGCCACCUGUGAAGCUUCACUGCUCUGUGCUCGCGGAGGAUGCCAUCAAGUCGGCAAUCUCGAACUACUAUACCAAGAACCCGAAGGCCAAAGCGACCGAUCUCGCUGGAACAGGAGGUGUGAUGCCGAAAAUUGAGAUUGAGAUGCAAGAUACGCCCCAGCAGGCGACUGCAUGA